UUUUGGCUCAUCAGCGCUACGCCCGUCGGUGGCGUGUGCGCGACAGCCAAGGUGUCAUGGAGGAUAUCCCGAAGGUUGUGAUGUGCGGACUGCCGCGAUGUGGCAAAACGUCCAUUAGUAAGGUAGUGUUCCAGAAGCUAUCUCCCCAUGAGUCCAUGUUCCUCGAAGGUGGGCUUACAAAGAUGGAGACUUUCUCAGUUUGCCACAACCACCUCCUCCGGCUAAGGCUGGUGGAUUUUCCUGGGGCCAUCCUUUGCGACGAGAAUCUGAGCUUGCAUCAGAAUGACGCCACUGUCUUUGGCGGUGGAGACUGUGUUGUCGUGCUUGUCAUUGAUGCGCAAGAUGAGUCCUAUGCCACAAGUGUCUCUCGGGCUAAGAAGGUCAUUGAGUUUGCAUUGAAGAGGAAUUCGAAGCUCACCUUCGACGUGCUGAUCCACAAGGUGGACGGUGCCAAGUUCCACUCGGAGGAGCGCAAGAUGGAAUGCCAAACGAUCAUUCAUGACAAGCUCACAGAGGAACUUGCAGACAAGGUGCAGGAGUGCACCAUCCAUUUCCAUUGCACGAGCAUUUACGAUCACUCGAUCUUCGAGGCAUUUAGCAAGAUCGUGCAAAAGUUAAUACCAGAAAAGCCGCUGCUGGAGAAUUGCCUGCAGUCUCUUCUGGAUAGCACCCGCAUGGAGAAAGUGUAUCUCUUUGAUGUGGUCUCCAAGUUGUACUUGGCAUCAGAUCGGCAACCGGUUGACCUUCAGUGGUAUGAGCUGUGUGCCGAUAUGGUUGAUUUGGUCAUCGACAUUGCAUGCAUCUAUGGCAAUGGCCUCGAGGAAAACAAAGACGCGGCCUGUGAGUUCAACCUACAAAAUGGCGCGGUGCUGAUCCUCAAGGAGGUGGGCCAUUGCCUGGCGAUCGUUUGCGUGUUCAAGAGCGAUGAUACAUUUGACAAGCAUGAGCUCUUGGAUCACAACAUCGAGGUCUUCAAGGAGGACUCGCCAAGGAAAAGGGUGUUUUUCCCCAGAUAGCUGCAGGCUAUAGAUCCGCAAUUUGGGGUCUAUGCCGGUGUAACUUCUAUGUGUUUUCCUGAUUUGCCAAAGAAAAUCCUUGUGAUUUGCUUUCCUUUUGCGCGAACUGCUGCACCCUCAUUGAUGCAGGGUUCGCAAAAGAAUCCACUGGCCUGGCCUUCAAGGGAGAAGAGCUGACUGACUCACGACUCAAAACAGUCGUCAGUGCAGAACGUGUAGUGGUAGGUAAAAUAUGUUACAAUUCGACCCUCAGACUCAGGCACCACGAUCUGAACAAAGGUUCGUAGGUAUCAACAGGCUUCAAGCUCGUGUUUUUGUUGUACAAGGGAGAUCCUCACUGUGAUCUUGGUGGUAUGCUUCACUGACUCGUUGUGUUGUUUUUUUGUUGGCAUGACUUGCCAGCAUGUUUCCCAUGCAGGCUCUGGGGCGAAUAUGCUGGAAGCCUAGCAAGUGUUUGCCAAAGUCAUUGGUAUAAUGUUUUGAAUUUUCUUUGACUACUUGAUGUCCAAGGUGUUGGUUUCACACUAGCGGAAGCGCUUUAUCUAUACAUAGACAAAUCACUGCUUUGUAAGAGAUGCGUAAUGUCGAGAUGUCAAGACUGCUUGCAAUCUGUAUAGACAGGUGCAGCGAGUAGGCUGAACUCCGCCCUAGGCGCCUCCCAAAGUGACGCCUUGAGAGGCACUCAGCGAAGUUGAAGGUUGAAGCGCAGACUACGCAGACUACGCAUAACGCC